AUGGCCGGCGCCGAGCAGCCGCAGCCCCCCCGCGGCCUCGCCGAGGGAGCGGAGCCGGAGCCCGGCGGCGGGUACGAGCCGGUGGUGCCGCACUGGUUCUACUGCAGGGUGACGGACGGCAGGGAGCGGUGGGUCCCCUUCAGCAGCCAGGACUCGGAGCGGCUGGAAGAGGCGUACGGCUCAGGGAGAGCCCAGGCUGAGGUGGUGGUGCCCACCUCGGGGGGCAGGUACGACGUGCGGCUGCGGCAGAGGCAGCGCCUGGCGGUGUACUGGGAGGAGGAGGCGGCGGAGGUGCGGCGCUGCACCUGGUUCUACAAGGGGGACAAGGACAAUAAGUACAUCCCCUACUCAGAAGCCUUCAGUGAGGAGCUGGAGGAAGCUUACAGGAUUGCUGUGACCCAGGAUGAGUGGAAGAAGAAACUGGAGUCCCCCAGCAGGGAAGUCAUCAUCUUGCACAACCCAAAGCUGAUGGUGCACUACCAGCCGGUGGCCAGCUCUGACGAGUGGGGCUCCACUCCCACGGAGCAAGGGCGACCUCGAACCGUCAAGAGAGGAGUGGAAAACAUUGCUGCUGAGAUCCCCAACGGAGAGCCCCUGCAGAUCGACCACUUGGUGUUCGUGGUGCACGGGAUCGGCCCGGCCUGCGACAUUCGCUUCCGGAGCAUCGUGCAGUGCGUGAAUGACUUCAGGAAUGUCUCCCUGAGCAUGCUGCAAGCUCACUUCAAGAAGGCCCAGGAGCAGCAGCAGAUCGGCCGCGUGGAGUUCCUGCCCGUGAACUGGCACAGCUCCCUCCACUCCACGGGGGUGGAUGUCGACCUGGAGCGAAUCACUCUGCCGAGCAUCAACCGGCUGCGGCACUUCAUCAACGACACCAUCCUGGACGUCUUCUUCUACAACAGCUCCACCUACUGCCAGACCAUCGUGGACACGGUGGCCUCGGAGAUGAAUCGCCUCUACCAGCUCUUCCUGCAGAGGAACCCCCUCUUCACAGGGGGGGUCUCCAUCGCGGGGCACAGCCUGGGCUCACUGAUUCUGUUUGACCUCCUGACAAACCAGAAAGCUGCUCCUGAGCAGGACGAGCAGAGUGCAGAGGGCUCCAGGACAACCUCAAGCAACAGAGGUGUGGAGGAGGUAAAAGAAGUCCUGAGGAAGCUGGAGCUGUCUGAGUACUGUGACCUCUUUGAGAAGGAGAAAAUGGACAGGCAGGCACUGUUCCUGUGCAUGCAGGAAAACCUGAAAGAAAUGGGAAUGCCCUUAGGACCAAGAAUGAAGCUGCUCAACUACAUCAGCUCCCAGAAGGAGAUGCAGGACCAGAAUGCAGCAGCAGCUCCUGGGCACAGCAAGGAGCAGGGAGCCAAGGCUGGGUCCCCAUCAGAGCAGGGCCUGGGCAGCAGGGAGCACAGCAGGGAAGACAGCAGAGGGGACAGCAGGAGCUGCCCCUACCGGGACGUUGGCUUAGGACAGGUCUCAGCCAACUACCCUCAGCUGAACUACAAGCCCUCCAUCUUCUUCGCUUUUGGGUCUCCCAUUGGGAUGUUCCUGACGGUGCGAGGGGUGAAGAGGAUCGACCCCAACUACAGCCUGCCCACCUGCAAGGGCUUCUUCAACAUCUUCCACCCUUUCGACCCAGUGGCCUACAGGAUCGAGCCCAUGAUCGUGCCCGAGGUGGAGUUCGAGCCGAUGCUGCUGCCCCACCACAAGGGCCGGAAGAGGAUGCACCUAGAGCUGAAGGAGGGGCUGACCCGCAUGAGCCUGGACCUGAAGAACAACCUGCUGGGGUCGCUGCGGGUGGCCUGGCAGUCCUUCACCCGCUCCUCCCUGCCCGCGCUGGAGGCCGCCGCCGAGCCCGCCCUGCCGCCGGAGCCCGGGGCGGAGAAGCAGCCAGAGCCGGGGGCGGAGGAGCCUCCCCCCGCCGUGAAGGAGGAGCCGCCGCCCAUCAACGUGGGGAGGCUGAACGGCGGCAACCGCAUCGACUACGUGCUGCAGGAGAAGCCGAUCGAGAGCUUCAACGAGUACCUGUUCGCCCUGCAGGGACACCUCUGCUACUGGGAGUCAGAGGACACAGUGCUGCUGGUGCUGAAGGAGAUCUACCAGACACAAGGCAUUGCACUGGACCAGCCUUUGCCAGGAAGCCAGUGACAGCCUCUGCCCCUCUGGCUGCUGGAUGUAAGUCCCCUCGCCUCUGGCUGCCCCAGCAUGCCUCAGAGGGCAGCUGGGCCUUUGGAGGGAGUUGAGGUUGGACUGGAUGAUCUCCAGAGGCCCCUUCCAACACCCCCUGCCACCCUGGGAUUGGUUUCACAGCACUAAGGCAGCAGCUGGGCUCAGGUUUGCCUUUGGCCUGGCUGCACAUUUGGCUUCUUCCCUCUCCUGCACACAAGCACCCAGGCAGGAGGAGAGCUGCCAGCCUCCUGCCCUUGGCUGCAGCAGCUCUGCAUGGUGCCAGGCUCUGCAGGCAGCCAAGCAGUGAGCAGAGCAUGGCUCACACUGCAGCCUCCUCAGCUGAAUGUUCCUUA